CUCGGUUUCCGUUCCACCCACGACGUCCCUCUGAGUUGCAUUAAAUAAUUCCUCUCUCUCUCAUGCACACCCACACCAGUCACACCCACCUGUACCAUAUUAUUCCUUCGCUUUUCGUUCAGAUCCCAUAAAAAGUUCCUACUAUUUCCCAUCCCUAGCUGAAAACCAUUUCAAUUGCUGUAAGAUUACACCUUUUUCAAUCUUUUUUGUCAGUUUCAGUUUUGAAAACCCUAAUUUAACUAUUUUGAUCACAGAAAAAAGUAAUCCAUAUUUGCUUUAUUGAAUUCCAAGCGUCUUGAAUCAUAUAGUUCCUGAAUUGGGCAUUCUCAUAUAGUGAUUUAUAGAUCCCUUUUCAUACAGUGAUUUGAAGCUUGAUAGAUUUUUAUAAUUAGCUUGAAUUUUUGGGGAUUCUUGCUGAAAAAAGACUGAAUAUUUAGUUUGAAGGAAUCUUCGGAGAUUGAGUCGUGAAUUUCUUAAUUUAGCUUUUGAAUUUUUGAGCUAGGUUUUCUAGAUUUAGCUGAAGUGGCGUAUGAAAUAAAGCUCUGGCUUUUGAAGUUUUGCGUCUUUGAACUUUAAUUGAAGGAAUUUGUAUAGUAGAAAGUGCGGAAAGAGAAAAAAAAAAAAAAUGGAAAAAUACGAGCUCGUGAAGGAUAUUGGGUCUGGGAAUUUUGGUGUGGCGAGGCUCAUGAGGAAUAAGGAGACUAAAGAACUUGUGGCAAUGAAAUAUAUCGAAAGAGGACAUAAGAUUGAUGAGAAUGUGGCUCGGGAGAUCAUUAAUCACAGAUCACUUCGGCACCCCAACAUAAUUCGAUUCAAGGAGGUCGUGUUGACUCCUACCCAUCUUGCCAUUGUCAUGGAGUAUGCGGCAGGUGGAGAGCUCUUUGAGAGAAUCUGUAGUGCUGGAAGAUUCAGCGAAGAUGAGGCUAGGUACUUCUUUCAGCAGCUCAUUUCUGGAGUCAACUAUUGUCACUCCAUGCAAAUAUGCCAUAGAGAUUUGAAGCUGGAGAAUACCCUACUGGAUGGAAGCCCUGCACCCCGCUUGAAAAUCUGCGACUUUGGUUACUCAAAGUCAUCUCUGCUGCAUUCAAGGCCCAAAUCUACAGUUGGUACACCUGCUUAUAUUGCUCCUGAGGUCCUAUCAAGAAGGGAAUACGAUGGAAAGCUGGCUGAUGUAUGGUCAUGUGGUGUGACCCUUUAUGUUAUGCUGGUUGGAGCCUAUCCUUUUGAAGACCAAGAAGAUCCAAAGAACUUCAGGAAAACCAUCCAACGAAUAAUGGCUGUUCAGUAUAGGAUCCCUGAUUAUGUCCACAUAUCUCAAGAUUGUAGGCACCUCCUUUCUCACAUAUUUGUUGCCAAUCCAGCCCGGAGGAUCUCAAUCAAAGAUAUUAAGACACACCCAUGGUUUCUGAAGAAUUUGCCGAGGGAAUUAACUGAUUUAGCUCAAGCAGCAUACUACCGGAAAGGAAACCCUACCUAUUCCCUUCAAGGUGUGGAGGAGAUCAUGAAAAUUGUGGGCGAGGCCAAGACUCCUGCUCCAACCUCCCGUUCAGUUGGAGGCUUUGGUUGGGGAGGCGAAGAGGAGGAGGAAGAACUAGAAGAGGAGGAAGAGGAAGAGGAAGACGAGUAUGAUAAGCAAGUGAAGGCCGUGCAUGCAAGUGGAGAAGUGCGUCUCACUUGAGCACUAUGUGCUGCCGAAAUCUGAUGCUAUUAUGGUUGUAAAAAGUAUAUUUUACAGCUUGAAGUGUUGGUUUAAUAAGCUUGUAAAUUCGUAGUGUUGUUGUCAAGAGGCAUCAGGCAUGUGCAUUUUAUUUAGAGGGUAGUAGACAAAAUUUCAUGGUUAAGUUUGAGUGUGUUUGCAUAUCACAGAUAUGGGGGUGGAUCAAAUUACUCUUUAGAGUUGUUACAUAUCCAAGUUUUAUGGAACAUUGUGUGAAUUUUAUCCUGUGAUUUUGACGUGA